GAGGUAGACUGCGGCUUCCACGCCCUCACUUCUUUAGGCUUCAACCACGGGACGCAGUUGGGUAUGUCGGGUGAUUGCACGGCUGCCAGCACCUACGGAGCCUUGGUGGGACCCGUCACCUUAGACGUGCCAGGGCACGUGACGAUUACCAGCGCCAGCCACGGGACCUGCAUGAGCAUCAACCAUGUGAUACCCUGGACGCUCACCACGGUGCACAACUCGAAAUGCUUGGACUACGCAUUCGGCACCGACGCGAACAAUGUCUACUCGCACAACUGCCACGGCAAUGACAACCAGCAAUGGUAUAUGGUCAACGGCAACAUUUAUUCGCUGCACGACGCGAAGUGCUUGGACUACCACACCGGCACCGACAAUGUCUACAUGCACGAUUGCCACGACGGAUCCAACCAAAAAUGGUAUUUUGAUGAAGACACGAAAGCGAUCCGAAGCGAGUACGACCACAGGUGCUUGGAUGUUGCUGGAACGGAUAAUGUGUACGUUCAGACGUGCCAUUUUCAAACCAAUCAACAGUGGGAUCGACACGAAACAACCGGCAAAGCCUUUGAGCUUGCCCUACAAAUGCCAUGCAGCGGCAGUGCUGCUGAAUCCAUCACCGUGGAGCCGAUCGGCAGCCACCAGAAGUUCCGCCUGAAGAGCCAGGGCCACACGUUGGAUGGGGAGUACAAGUUCAGCAGCAACAAGAAGAUUGAGCGGGUGGAUGUGGCCAACAAGUGCAUGGAGGCAGACUACCAACUGAGCGGCGUGGAUCAAGAAACUUGUGUCGACAGUCUCGAGCAGGAGUGGGUCAUCGGUCACGGCCUGCAGGGCCUGGCAGAUGCGCCCAUCGCCUGCGUGGGCAACCAGGUGAUCAGCUACUUCGAAAAGACCAGCUCGCAGAUUCGAUACAAAUGUGUCCAUGUCUCCUCCCUGGGCAUGUGUUCACCAGGCUAUUCCGAGCAGGUGGACACCAAGUCCCUUGAGCUCGAGGAUGUGAAGUCCCUUCGCCUCAUGACGGCCACCUGCCCAGUGGGCCACGGCUUGCGCUCCUUGAUGGCAGAGGCCUCCGACAAGGGCGCCUGGAUCCGGCUCCGCUACGAGUGCUGCCAGAUCAGCCGGGUGCCAGUCACCGUGUACCCGUACCUCCUGAGCAGUGAGUUGAGGGACUUCGACACCGGCAUGGCCAAUGCAUGGGAAGGCGUCUACUGCCCGACCUCCCUGGACAGCUCUGGGCGCAUGCAGUUCUCGCAGUCCAGGAGCUUCAAGCCUGGGCAAAACCCCUCAGGUACGUUGACCUACGACAAGUUUCAAGGCCAGUGGUGUGUCACCGGCAAGACCUGCGCAGCCUCCGACAUUGUGCACCCGCUGGACAGCCCCCUGGGGGGCUCGGAGUGGCGCGUGGUGCCCGUUUCGGACUUCGACGCGCAGUUCGAGGCGAGGGGCGUGAAGCCCAGCGGGGGGAACAGGAAGAGGAAGCCCCCGCCCCUCAUCAAGUUUGGGGCCACGGACCCCGAGUACCUCCCGGAGUGCAAGGACGAGUCGCACCCCGGCACUCGGAAGUUCAAGUUGGAGAUCAUGAACAGCGAGGCUGAGAGUCUGGACGACGAGAACCCCUGCAAGUAUGUCUUUGGGAAGUCGCCUUCGGACAAGUCUCUGGAAGACGCGGAGGGCAUGACGGGCUGGAAGGAUGACCUCAAGGGCAACACCGGGGCUGGCGUAGGUGGCGUCACCUACAAGAGUGUGAAGGAGUGCGCCGACCGAGAGAUUACGCGGGAGCUGCGGAUGGCAAAUUGGGCAGAGGACCAUUUCAACAAGACCAACGGCUUGGACUUCACCAGGGACUUCCUCUCAGGGAUCGCCGACAUCUACCCUGCCGCGGAGGCUGCGCCCUUGGGGGCCGGCUUCGAGUUCCACCCCGGCGCGCUGAUUUAUUUGAUAGGGCACAUGGCCAUCAACGGUGCGGAGAUGGGCUACAACCGGCAGCUACAGAACCGGGAGAUGAAAUAUGAAGAGGUGGGCCACGACGACUGCAAUUCCAUCCAGCAUGGCUUCGCUCGAACCUUUUGCGAUCUCCACUGCAUUCGAGAUGCCGUGAGGAAGGGCAAUGAUGCCAUUCUGCGGGCGAUGGAAGAGGCUGUCGAGGUGAUUGGCAAGAACACGCAGAUUCUGUUGGAGCACUACGUCGGCGAAAGCUCCGGAAGCGGCCUACUGCAAGAAGGCAAGAAGAUCCAAGAGGGCAUUCAGCACCACGUGGCCGAGAUGGCGGCGCUGGCCUCCUCUGCCCUGGAGCCCAAGGCGUCUCUGCUGGCACAGCGCGCCUUGAGCUCCUUCACCCAGCGCUGGGGCUCCGACCAAGGUGCCAACUCCAGCGGCCUGCUGCAAGAGGUGCGGGACCUGCACAGCACCAUGGCCUUCUUGUCUCAGAGGAAGCUCUCGCAAACAGAGGAAGUGCAGCAGAGAGCGUUGGAGAUGGCAGGGCACAUGGGCAAAUUUUUGGAGGUCAAAGCCCACAUGCUGGGUGUUUAUCGCCAGCGAGCGCACGCUGGGAAGUUCAUUCAGAGGUGGCUGAGGACCAAUUUCCGGCAGGUGACGGCCUCUGAUGUUCUGUCCGAGAUGGAGGAACAGGCUGCCGAGCACGCGAUGGAGGAGUUUGACACCAUGUGGUGGGAAAUCCGUCAGGAGCUCGACACCUACCUGCAGGCUUCGCAAGACUACGUGGAUGCAACCAAUAGCGCAGUGCAAAUGCUUCACAGCUACACCUCAGAAUGCCAAGCAGGCUUCUCCGCGCUCAAGCAAUCCUAUGCGCUGUCAGCUCGUGCGGAGAAGAAGGCCCAUGAAGCGCUCAAGAAGACAUGGUCAACAGUUUCUGUGCGAAUGGGCGCAAUGGCAUCAAAGGUGAUGGACGGCGGUUUGUUGGAACGCCUGGCAACGCACGACAUUCAACAUAUCGAUGUUGGGUCCUUGAUGGCUUCACACCACCAGCCUUGUUCCUCAGAUGCCCUUAGCGUGGUCGAGACAGCCGUCAAGGUUGCCAUGAAGAAGGGAGUCUUCGGGCAAACCUACUGGCAGCUCAAGGAGCUGCUUGAGGAGAUGGCUAUGCUUCAGCAGCGGUUUGCCGUUCAUGGCCAAAACGCCCCCGACGCGAGCACCUUAACCGAAGCCGCUGCGCGGUUCACACAGGCGACGAAACAGACCACGUCGGCAAGGGAGCGCUUGGCGCGAAAGAUGCUGGCACAUUGGCAGCAAGGCGCAUGUUAGUCGAGUUGUGGCUAAUGCCUGGCUCUGAAGUUUUAGAGGAAACCACAAUAUUGGUUCGCGGACAAAUCUUAUGUAGAUCAUGUCCGCC